AUGGCUCAACCUGUCAACUAUUGGAGGCAUGAUGUACCACCAUUUGUCGUCUUUAUUUUGACAGUUGUAGCCACAGAGUGCGUCAUUGGUAUCAUUGCAAAUGGAGUCAUCAUGGUUGUGAAUGUGGUCCCUUGGGUUCAGAAAAAGUCAGUUUCCGUAAACACUAGGAUUCUGCUUUUCCUGAGUGUAUCCAGAAUAGGCUUCCAAAGCCUCAUCUUGGUAGAAACGACCUUCUCCGUAUUCAAAGUUUCUUUUUACAGUAGUGUUUCCUAUAGCAUCUCCAAAGUAAGUUUCAUAUUCUUAAAUUAUUGUGGCCUCUGGUUUGCUGCUUUACUUAGCCUUUUCCACUUUGUGAAGAUUGCCAAUUUUUCUUACUCCUUGUUCCUCAAGCUAAAGUGGAGAAUUUCUGAGUUGAUGCCCUGGCUUCUGUGGCUCUCUGUGUUUAUUUCAUUCAGCUCCAGCAUGUUGUACUGCAAGGACACCUAUACCGUGUAUAACAACAAUUCUCUAAGUUUCAAUGCCUUCAACUACACAGUGAAAGUAUACUUCAUUGAGACUAAUGUUGUCAGUGUAGCUUUUUUAUUCAGUUUGGGAAUUCUCCCUCCUCUGAUCAUGUCCACUUCGGCUACCACUCUGCUGCACAUGAGAAAAGGCGCCCCUGGCUCCAGAGACGCCAGCAGAGAGUCUCACAUGCGAGCCAUUAAAGAAACCAGCUGCUCUCUCUUCCUCUAUAUUUCAAACGCAGCUGCUCUGUUUGUGUACCUGUCCAACUUAGUCGAUGCCAGUUUUUUCUGGGGUAUUUUACUUAAAAUCAUCCUUCCCUGUUACCCAGCUGGCCAUUCAGUUUAACUGAUUCACAACAACCCUGGAUUAAGAAGAGCCCGGAAGCAGCUUCAGACCCAAAUCCAUCUGUACUUGCAAAGUAGAUUCUGA